AAAGAGGAAAGCGAAAAGGCAAAAAAGGACAUUACCAAAAAGUAUAAAACGCAAAAAAGGAAAAACAACUGGAGUAGACGAUGAUUCGAUGAACAUGGAUGAUUCACAGUUCCCUCAUAAGCUAAUAAAUAGCUGCAGAUGCUGCCAUGGAAACAGCAACAAUUUCUUUGUAGAAUCAGUUCUUCUUUGCGUUCAAGAUGAAUUCCCUGAUUCUUAGAAGCCCCUUCAAACUCGGUGCCUCAAAUCAUCAAAUUCCUCCUUCUAACUCUCUCUCCUGUUUUCCUUCACGGGAAAACCCGAGAUUUGCCCACUUCUACCGUAGAAAAUGGAUUCAUAUCCACAGACCCUUGAAUGUGUUUCGUACCGGAGCUUCUCCAAGGCCUGAUUUGAUGAGUUACAGCGGGUGGGGCGAUGAUGGAUUGAAUGGUGAGCUGGGUAACUGGGGGGAGUCCGGUAACUGGGAUGAGUCAACUAAGUCUCGUAAUUUCGUUGUUUCUUAUGGAAUUGGCCAUAAAAAGAAUCUCUUUAUGUUCUUCUUGGGGUUCGCUUGUGCUUGGACCAUUUCUAGAGUCAGGGUAAAUAAACGUAUCAUGUUUUCGGCUUAUGUUUUGAUAUUUGUCAUUGGGUUUUCAUUUGGGUUUAUUCGUGGACGUAGCUUUAGUGAAGUUAGUGCUAGUAAAAGAAGGUCAAAAGAUGUGUUUGCGAGGGUUUAUAGGGAGAAGCUGAGGAAUUUGGAUGGUUUCUUUGAUGGAUUUGGUGUUAAAGUUAAUAAUUUGAGGAGUAGGAUACAAGAGGCUAUAGAUUCUGAUAGUGUUGCUGCAGAUGAUUUGGAAAAUUAUGUUAAUGAAGUGGAAUCAAUGAGGUUAGAAGCUUCAAAUGCUAGAAAUGUUUUUGAGGCUUCUAUUAAUAAUGAGGGAAACCCCAACGGUUUCGUGAGUGAGACCCAUAAAUUGUCUAGUAAAAAAGGGAAGGAUAAUGGUGAAAUUCGGUUUGAGUUCUCACGGUUUCUUGGGAGUUUAUUAGGACAAAGAUCAGUUGGAUCAAAGUCUAAUAAACGAAAAGAUAACCUGAAGGGCAAGGGUCCAAAGGCUAAGUUAAGUAAUCAAACUCGGGGAGAUUUUUCAGUUCCUGUUGCCCAGGAAAAGGUGUUUGCUUCAGUUAAUAAUGGUAAAGGAGUUUCAAACCCUGCAUCUGGACAGAAUUCCCUGGAUAAGUCUGUUUCAGAUCAGAAUAGAGAAGGCAAAAAAGUGGUGGAUUUGGAGGAUGGGGAAAUGAGGUUGGUGGAACUUGGUGAGAGUAAUAAAAAAUCAGUUGUUGGUGAGGAUUAUAAUUAUGUGAAUAAAAGAUUGCAGUUUGUUAGUGAAUCUGAUAGAAGGGAAUCCCAAUAUGUUUUGCUCAAUUCUAGGGAUUUCAGAGCCAGAUUCAAACAAGAGAAAACUGGAGCUCCCUUUGCUCAUGAGAAGAUUCUCAAGAAAUCUGACGAAGCUUUUGGAUAUUUUGUCGAUGAGGAGAAGACUAAGGAGGAGGUACAUAGAGAAAGAAUGCAUUAUGAAGAUGAUUAUUUUUUGGCUCAGAAUGAUCACCUUUGUGAGGGUAAGAUUAAUUCGUCUACAUCAUCAAAGUUUGUUGAUGAUGUUGUAUUUGAUAAGUAUCUUGCAAAGGCUAAUGACCUUUUGUCAGAAGCCAGAGAAUGUCUACAACGCAAACACAAUGACGACCGUGCAGAGCUCAUGUUGAAGAGGUGUGCAAAGUUACUCUCAAUGGCCAUUGCCAUGAAGCCCAUGAGUUUGUUCGCUAUUGGCCUGUUGGGCAAUACUUAUCUUCUUCAUGGAGAGUUGAAGCUGUAUGUCAGUCGUAAGCUGAGAACUCUUCUUGCAAGAAGUGAUGCCAAAAUCUCUGAGCAAGGAGGAAGAGGUCUCGAAAGACUAGAUGAUGAAUUUUCACUUAGAGAUGGAAUUAUAUCUGUCCUUUCUCAUGUAUGUAAAGAGUGUGAAGAACUACUUGUUAAGGCCGGCAAAAAAUACAGAUUGGCAUUGUCAAUUGAUGGAAAUGAUGUGAGAUCCCUUUAUAAUUGGGGUCUUGCUCUCUCUUUCCAUGCACAAUUGAUCGCAGAUAUUGGACCGGAAGCAGCUUCUGAUGCCGACCAAGUGUUCUUGGCUGCAAUCGAUAAAUUUGCUGCAGUGAUGUCUAGAGGAAACAUUUAUGCACCUAACGCUCUAUACAGAUGGGGUUUAGCAUUGCAGCAAAGAUCUCGUUUGCAGCCAAGUAACAGUAAGGAGGAGAUCAAGUUGCUCCAACAGGCUAUGACACUUUACCAAGAUGCAUUAAAUCUGGACUCGGAAAAUCUCCAAGUUAGACAAGCCUUAUCCUCAUGUAUAUCUGAGCUAAAAUACAGGGAUGUAUAGUCAUUAAACUGAUGUACAUGACGAUUAGGCUUCUCUUACAUUUUUGUCCUUUUGCAUUUUUGUCCUAGAGUAUUUUAAUGUGUCACAAGCAGCUCAAUAACAGUAUAGAUUUGGGAAGAAACAAAUCUAUCUUAUUAUUAAACAGCUUCUGACACA